AUGGACGCGACGGCGGAAAUCCACAAUGUCGCCAGCAUGCGGCGCGACAGCGGGUCCAUAUGGCGGCGCGGGGACGACGUGUUCUCGCGAUCGUCCAGGGACGAGGACGACGAGGAGGCGCUGCGCUGGGCCGCGCUCGAGAAACUGCCCACCUACGACCGCGGAGCGGCGGCGGGGAAGGGGGUCGUGGACGUGCACGGCCUCGGGCCGCGCGAGCGCCGGGCUCUCCUCGAGCGCCUCGUGCGCGUCGCCGACGAGGACAACGAGCGCUUCCUGCUCAAGCUCAAGGACCGCCUCGAGCGGGUUGGGAUUGAAAUGCCGACGAUCGAGGUGCGGUUCGAGCGCCUGGUGGCGGAGGCGGAGGUCCGGGUCGGCAACAGCGGCCUCCCCACCGUCCUCAACUCCAUCACCAACACGCUCGAGGAAGCGGCCAACGCGCUGCGCAUACUCCCCAACAGGAAGCGGACCAUGCCCAUCCUCCACGACGUCAGUGGCAUCAUCAAGCCACGCAGGAUGACACUCCUGUUGGGCCCACCUGGGUCCGGCAAGACCACCUUGCUGCUCGCCUUGGCCGGGAGGCUCGACAAAGACCUCAAGGUCUCAGGCAAUGUUACCUACAACGGGCACGGGAUGGAGGAGUUUGUGCCGGAGAGGACGGCGGCGUACAUAAGCCAGCACGACCUCCACAUAGGGGAGAUGACCGCGUCUUCAAUGGGAGGUCUGGAGGCCAAUGUGAACACAGACUAUAUACUGAAGAUAUUAGGACUAGAGAUGUGUGCAGACACGAUGGUUGGGGACGAGAUGCUGAGGGGCAUCUCUGGUGGACAACGGAAGCGUGUUACAACUGGUGAGAUGCUAGUUGGGCCGGCCAAGGCGCUCUUCAUGGACGAGAUCUCAACUGGGCUCGACAGCUCAACUACAUUCCAGAUUGUAAACUCACUCAGGCAAUCUGUGCACAUCCUUGGUGGCACAGCCGUCAUCUCCCUGCUGCAGCCGGCCCCUGAAACGUACAACUUAUUUGAUGACAUUAUCCUCCUCUCUGAUGGCCAAGUCGUGUACCAGGGCCCUCGUGAGGACGUGCUUGAAUUCUUUGAGUCUGUGGGGUUCAAGUGUCCUGAGAGGAAGGGCAUCGCUGACUUCUUGCAAGAGGUGACUUCGAAGAAAGAUCAAAAGCAAUACUGGGCGCAGGGUGAUGAGCCCUACAGGUUCGUGCCGGUUAAGGACUUUGUGCGUGCAUUCCAGUCAUUCCACACCGGGAGAGCUAUAAGAAAGGAGCUCGCAGUGCCAUUCGACAAGAGCAAGAGCCAUCCAGCAGCAUUGACAACUACGAGGUAUGGUGUGAGUGGCACGGAGCUGCUAAAGGCAAACAUUGACAGGGAGAUCCUCCUCAUGAAGAGGAACUCUUUCGUCUACAUGUUUAGAACCUUCCAGCUGAUCCUCAUGUCAUUUAUUGCAAUGACGCUCUUCUUCCGUACAAAGAUGAAGCGUGACUCGGUAACAAAUGGGGGCAUCUACAUGGGGGCACUCUUCUUUGGUGUGCUCAUGAUCAUGUUCAAUGGCUUCUCUGAGCUUGCACUCACCGUCUUUAAGCUACCUGUGUUCUUCAAGCAGAGAGAUCUCCUUUUCUACCCAGCAUGGGCCUACACAAUACCCUCAUGGAUCCUCAAGAUCCCAAUAACAUUUGUUGAGGUUGGCGGUUAUGUUUUCAUAACAUACUAUGUCAUGGGGUUCGACCCAAAUGUAGGCAGCUGGGAUAAAAUAUUGAAUAGCACGGCCUCAAACGAGACCCUUGGAGUGCAAGUCCUGAAGUAUCGCGGAGUGUUUCCAGAAGCAAAGUGGUACUGGAUCGGUUUGGGUGCAAUGCUCGGGUACACCUUGUUGUUCAAUGCUCUCUUCACUCUUGCCCUUACAUAUCUGAAGGCAUACGGUAACUCCCGUUCGUCGGUAUCUGAAGACGAACUGAAGGAGAAGCAUGCCAACCUGAACGGUGAGGUUCUGGACAUUGAUCGCCUGGAAUCACCAAGCAAUGAUGGGCCGAUACGAAUGAACACUGGAAAUGACUCAGCAAUAGUCGAAGAGAAUUCUAGCCCCAUGCAAAGGGGAAUGGUGCUUCCAUUUCUCCCGCUUUCACUCACGUUUGACAACAUCAGAUACUCUGUUGACAUGCCACCGGAAAUGAAAGCACAAGGCGUAGUUGAAGACCGAUUGGAGCUCCUCAAAGGUGUUAGUGGAUCUUUCAGGCCAGGGGUACUGACUGCCCUGAUGGGUGUCAGUGGUGCUGGCAAGACUACUCUGAUGGAUGUGUUGGCAGGGAGAAAGACAGGUGGGUACAUUCAAGGAAACAUCAGCAUUUCAGGAUACCCGAAGAAACAAGAGACCUUUGCACGCGUAUCAGGAUACUGCGAACAGAAUGAUAUCCACUCUCCGCAGGUGACAGUCUAUGAGUCGCUGCUUUUCUCAGCGUGGCUCCGUCUUCCCGAGGAUGUUGAUUCAAACAAAAGAAGGAUGUUCAUCGAGGAGGUGAUGGAGCUUGUGGAGCUCAAGCCUCUGAAAGAUGCAUUGGUUGGUCUACCGGGAGUGAAUGGUCUGUCAACUGAACAGAGGAAGAGGCUGACCAUUGCUGUGGAGCUCGUUGCUAAUCCUUCUAUCAUUUUCAUGGAUGAGCCAACCUCCGGACUUGAUGCCCGAGCAGCCGCAAUCGUGAUGAGGACAGUGAGGAACACUGUUGAUACUGGUAGAACUGUGGUUUGCACGAUUCAUCAACCUAGCAUUGACAUAUUUGAAGCAUUUGAUGAGCUAUUCCUGAUGAAGCGAGGUGGAGAAGAGAUCUAUGCUGGUCCAUUGGGCCAUCAUUCUGCAGACUUAAUCAAUUACUACGAGGGCAUUCAUGGAGUCAGCAAAAUUAAAGAUGGCUACAAUCCAGCAACAUGGAUGUUGGAAGUGACAACGAUCGGUCAAGAACAGAUGCUAGCCAUUGAUUUCAGUGACAUAUACAAGAAAUCUGAACUCUACCAGAGAAACAAGGCAUUGAUAAAGGAACUAAGCCAACCCGCGCCGGGUUCAACUGAUCUGUAUUUCCCUACCCAGUACUCGCAGUCUUCGAUCACACAAUGCAUAGCUUGCCUGUGGAAGCAGAACCUGUCAUACUGGAGGAACCCUCCUUACAAUGCCGUUAGGUUCCUUUUCACUACUGUGAUUGCUCUCCUCUUCGGCACCAUCUUCUGGGACCUUGGUGGCAAAAUGAGCCAGUCACAAGACUUGUUCAACGCCAUGGGGUCAAUGUAUGCUGCAGUGCUGUUCAUCGGUAUUAUGAACUGUACUUCGGUUCAACCAGUGGUGGCUGUGGAGAGGACAGUCUUUUACCGUGAAAGAGCAGCCGGCAUGUACUCAGCAUUCCCGUACGCAUUUGGCCAGGUUGUCAUUGAACUCCCAUACACACUCGCUCAGGCUACCGUACACGGAGUCAUAGUUUACUCGAUGAUUGGGUUUGAGUGGACAGCUCCUAAAUUCUUCUGGUACCUCUUCUUCAUGUACUUCACGCUGCUCUACUUCACAUUCUACGGCAUGAUGGCUGUUGGCUUGACACCCAACUACCACAUCGCCUCAAUCGUCUCGUCAGCAUUCUACGCCAUCUGGAAUCUCUUCUCAGGUUUCAUCAUCCCCCGACCAAAAGUUCCAAUCUGGUGGAGAUGGUAUUGCUGGGUAUGCCCCGUAGCGUGGACACUGUACGGGCUGGUUGUCUCACAGUUCGGUGAUGUCACAACGCCGAUGGAGGACGGCACUCCCGUGAAAGACUUUAUAGAGGGCUACUUCGACUUCAAGCACAGCUGGUUAGGUUAUGUUGCUACGGUGGUCGUGGCGUUCGCGGUGCUGUUUGCCUUCUUGUUCAGUUUUGCCAUCAUGAAGCUCAACUUCCAGAAGAGGUAG